UUGCGCCGAUAAACGCUUUCUCUUUCUAACACACACCCUGGCAGGCAGAUGCAGCAGCACAAAAGGGAAGCGCAAAAGUACAACACAACCAAAAGGGAAAGGCAGAGAAAUGGUGAUUAAUAUUCUUCUAAACAAUAAACAGUUAAUUGUUUUCGACAAUGGAAUCAACUAUAAUGAUAUAUGCACGAAAAUCGAGGAGUCCACACACUUGCAACGCGACGAUUACUACCUCGUGAGCAAUGGCAAACGCUUGACUGGCGACUCAACCUCAACUCAACAUGAGAGCAUCCACUGCAUGCUCCGCCAGGUGGGCGGCAAGGGUGGUUUCGGCUCCAUGCUGCGUGCGAUUGGGGCCCAGAUCGAGAAGACCACAAACCGCGAGGCCUGCCGAGAUCUGAGUGGGCGUCGCCUGCGCGACAUCAACGAGGAGAAGCGCGUCCGCGCCUGGCUGGGAAAGCAGGCGGAGCGGGAGCGCGAGCGGGAGGAGCGGAAGAAGCGAAAGAUUGAGAAACUUCUGGCCGUGCCCAAGCACGACUUCAAAGACGAAAAGUACGAGGAGGCCAGGGCCAAUCUGACGGACAAGGUGAGCGACGCCUUCGAGGAGGGUCUCAAGCAGGCCGAGGAAAUCAAAGAGAAGCAGGCAGCAGCCACCGAACAGCCAUCCGUCAGUGGCGUCAAGCGGAAAGCCCCAGCCAACGACAAGACAAAGGCCAAAAAGAAUAAAAAGGGAACACUCUGGAUUGGUGAUGAUAUCUCGGGCACCGACACAGACGACAGCGACAGCUCCAGCGGCGAGGAGCAGCCAGAGACAAAGAAAAAAGUAGCAAUUAAAAGUUGAAAGAUUUAGUUUUAAUAUUAAGCACUAGGAGGAAUAAGAGCAUAAAUAAACGAUGAUUGAGGGACACAUA